UCCUGGGACUAGGCUUCUCCGGAAGGACCGGUUCGGCGUCGGGAGCUCGGCCCGCGUUCCAGGCCGGUGUUCCAGGCCCUUGCUCCAGGACGGGCCCGUAGCCGCGGCGACUAUCUAAGGACAGCGGAGGGUGCGGAGGGCCGCUCGCUGAGGGGCCCGGCUUCGCCGCCGAGCGAGCCGCGGGGCCGCAGGACGUGGCGGCACCUCCCCCUUGGCCCGGAGCGAAACUGCGGGAGGAGCGGCAGCGCAGGCCGGCCGAGGUGAACCGGGUCACUUAACUGCCUUCAGGUGAUGAGUCAUCUACACAAUAAUCAGAUUUGAGGUCCACAGCCCUCUGUGGUCCUGCUGCAGAACAGUUUUCAGUGAAUGACUGGUGUGUUCUGAGGUGUGCCACAGUGACUGUUUGCCCUUGAUAAGGAAAGCGAGCUCUCUUCCUCUUGGGACACCCUCAUUUCCUUUAAAGCUUUCAGGUCAUAACCUCUUUGUCCGGCAAACAUCUUUGUGCAAGAGGAAGGCUUUCACAUGAAAGUGUCUCUUGGUAACGGUGAAAUGGGCGUUUCCGCCCAUUUACAGCCUUGCAAGGCAGGAACCACACGUUUUUUUACCAGCAAUACUCACAGUUCGGUGGUAUUGCAAGGCUUUGAUCAGCUUAGGAUAGAAGGAUUGCUUUGUGAUGUGACUCUGGUACCAGGUGAUGGAGAUGAAAUCUUCCCAGUUCAUAGAGCUAUGAUGGCGUCCGCUAGUGAUUAUUUCAAAGCUAUGUUCACAGGUGGAAUGAAAGAACAAGAUUUAAUGUGCAUUAAGCUUCAUGGGGUGAACAAAGUUGGUCUGAAGAAAAUAAUUGAUUUUAUUUAUACUGCAAAACUUUCUCUUAAUAUGGACAAUCUUCAGGACACACUUGAAGCUGCCAGCUUUUUGCAAAUUUUACCUGUUUUAGACUUCUGUAAAGUGUUCCUUAUUUCAGGAGUCUCUUUAGAUAACUGUGUUGAAGUUGGACGAAUUGCUAACACCUAUAAUCUUAUUGAGGUAGAUAAAUAUGUCAAUAAUUUCAUCCUGAAGAAUUUUCCUGCAUUAUUGAGUACUGGGGAGUUUCUAAAACUCCCUUUUGAACGGCUUGCCUUUGUGCUUUCCAGCAAUAGUCUUAAGCACUGUACUGAACUAGAGCUCUUCAAGGCUGCCUGUCGCUGGCUAAGGUUGGAAGACCCUCGGAUGGAUUAUGCUGCAAAAUUAAUGAAGAAUAUUCGAUUUCCACUGAUGACACCACAGGAUCUCAUCAAUUAUGUGCAGACAGUAGAUUUCAUGAGAACAGACAACACCUGUGUGAAUUUGCUUUUGGAAGCUAGCAAUUACCAAAUGAUGCCAUAUAUGCAGCCGGUGAUGCAGUCAGAUAGAACUGCCAUUCGAUCUGACUCGACACACUUGGUUACAUUAGGAGGAGUUUUGAGGCAGCAGCUGGUUGUCAGUAAAGAAUUACGAAUGUAUGAUGAAAGGGUGCAAGAGUGGAGAUCUUUAGCCCCCAUGGAUGCUCCUCGUUACCAGCAUGGCAUUGCUGUCAUUGGAAACUUUCUUUAUGUAGUUGGUGGUCAAAGUAAUUAUGAUACAAAAGGGAAAACUGCUGUUGAUACAGUUUUCAGAUUUGAUCCUCGGUAUAAUAAGUGGAUGCAGGUUGCAUCAUUAAAUGAAAAGCGCACAUUUUUCCACUUGAGCGCUCUCAAAGGACAUUUGUAUGCGGUGGGUGGGCGAAGUGCAGCUGGUGAGCUGGCUACAGUAGAAUGUUACAAUCCAAGGAUGAAUGAGUGGAGCUAUGUUGCAAAAAUGAGUGAACCUCACUAUGGCCACGCUGGGACAGUGUAUGGGGGCUUAAUGUAUAUUUCAGGAGGAAUUACUCAUGACACUUUCCAAAAUGAGCUCAUGUGUUUUGACCCUGAUACAGACAAAUGGACACAGAAGGCUCCAAUGACUACAGUCAGAGGUCUGCAUUGCAUGUGUACAGUUGGAGACAAGCUCUAUGUCAUUGGUGGCAAUCACUUCAGAGGAACAAGUGAUUAUGAUGACGUUCUAAGCUGUGAAUACUAUUCACCAACCCUUGACCAGUGGACACCAAUUGCUGCCAUGUUAAGAGGUCAAAGUGAUGUUGGAGUUGCUGUCUUUGAAAAUAAAAUCUAUGUUGUAGGUGGAUAUUCUUGGAAUAAUCGUUGUAUGGUAGAAAUUGUCCAGAAAUAUGACCCAGAAAAGGACGAGUGGCAUAAAGUUUUUGACCUUCCAGAGUCACUUGGUGGCAUUCGAGCUUGUACUCUUACAGUUUUUCCACCUGAAGAAAACCCUGGGUCACCUUCCAGAGAAUCACCUCUUUCAGCACCUUCAGAUCAUUCUUAGGACCAAGGUGUACUCCUUUGCAGUGCAUCAUGAAUGAUCCCAUACUUCCCCUUCAGUUGUAUCUCCUUACAAUGAUUGGUACAGUUAUUAGAUAAAAAGACAAAAUAUACUCCUACAGAAAAUUUCAUUCAAAACUACAGAAACAUACUAUCGAGAAGUAAAACCAGCAUUCUAUCAGAAGCUCAACAAUUGAAAGACCUUAGGGUACCUAGCUGCCACAAAGGAAGAAGCUCAACUGUAAAUUUCAGCUUUACCUGUUCCUGGGCUUUCUUGCAGAAACUUCUCACGCGCCCCUUUCCCCUCCCAGAAGCACUCCCCAUUCCUGAGAGCCACCAUGGAGCCUCCUGCUGCUGGACGAAGACGUGUGGCAAUUUCUGGAAAUUAUCAGGGAUCAUGAACCCAACCCUUCCUUUUGUUAUAAAAGCAACUCACCCUUUCUACUCAGGAAGCUGUCUUUUUUCCGUUUUCUUUUUCUGCUCCCAUUCCCCACCCCCCCCCCCAGCCGUCUCCCUUGUGCACAAGC